GAAAUGAUUUCCAGGUCAGAGUUUGAUCAAAUGGUGCAGCAACAUCAAACAGAGAUUGCCAGUUUGCGUCAAGAAUAUGACAUGCAGGUGGCAGAACUCACAGAACUAAUUCAUAAUCUGCAAUCUCAGCAGAGUGACCACCUACAGUAUGUUCAGACAACAACUCAAAAACCACAAACUGUAUCCAUGAGACCUGAGAUGAUUACAAGACCCGCAACAAGAACUCCAGCGAGCAGUCAGAAAGAGAUUUCUGCUUCAUCUCCUCUUGGAUACAGCCCUUUUCCUGUGAGCUUGCAACCAGGCAAUAGAGAUGAAAAACAUGCUUCUCCAACUUCUUCAGCUUCCAAGUACAGGUAUAACCACACCUUACCUCAUCCACCAAAGAUUCAAAAGUCAUCAAAAAACUUCAAGGUUGGUCACUCACUGCCUCGCUGGGGGGAACAUUUGCCUCAUGAUUUCUAUGAAAGGCUACGCAUGUGGGAGGAAGAGAGUAAACACCACAAGCAGGAGUUGAACGAGAGAACACUGAAGGAAAUAAAAGACAACCUGGAGAGAAAACUUGCAGGACAGAACAGGCUCAGCAAGCAAGAAGAAUACAUAUAUGAUGCUCUUCAAGAUGUGACCUUGCCUGCACUGUUUAUGCCAUUCAAGAUGGGAAAUGUUUACAAUCCAAGAGCUCACCACUACUUUCAUCCAACAGGUAACACAGAUGUCAGGCUGACCCAGCCUCCUUCAGUAUUCCAGCUUCCUGAAGUACCCAACCAUAAACUAUCCACUGUGAACCUUUUCCACAUGAGUAAGAACUUCCAAAUCCAGGGACCACCAUGGCUGCUUCAACGCUACACCGAACAUUUGCAGACGCCUCAACAUGAUUGUCUGGCUAAACCAGAACUGCCAUCAAAGCUGAUGCAGGUGUCCCACUCGGAGCAAGAUUCUCUUAGCGGAAACUUG